AUGCAGUUCAAGGUCCUCACCACCCUCCUUCUUUCCACGGCCCUCGCGUCUGCCUACGACGCCGAGCUCGCAACCGAAACCGCCUCAGCAGUGGCCUGGUCCGGCUCCUCCGAUUCCUCCGAAACGAACCCGUACAGCAACUCCGUAUUCAUCCCCUCCAUCCCGAAGUCCAUUCUCACGGCGCUCGAAACCGCCAUCCCACCCUCAUGGUACACCGAUAUCUUUAAGCCCAGCUUCCGCUCUUCCAUCGAGAGCGAAGUCCUGGCUGGCACCAUGCCGGCUUGGUACAACUCCCUGCCUAACAGUGUCAAGGCCUGGGCUUCGUCUGAGGGUGACUUCAUCAACAACUUCAUCGGCGCUGAACAGACUUCUGCGCUUGCCGUCGCGAUUUCUUCCAAUGCUCCUGCUACUGGUGUUCCUGCGCACAAGACUGCUUCUACUAUGAGCACUGCGGCUGUGACUGUGACCAGUGCCUCCGGUACUACUUCCGGUACUACCUCCGGUGCUGCCUCCGGUGCUGCCUCUGGCACUAAGAAGUCGGCUCCUUCGUCUUCGACUUCGACUGGUGGCGCUCCGAUUGCUACCGGCGGUGUUGCUGCGUCAAUUGCCGGCGUGGCUGGUAUCCUUGGACUGGCUCUGGCUCUGUAG